UUAUAAUUCAAUAAUUUACAGUAGCUAUCGCAAUAGAAGUUUAGUUACUCGCAUCCCCAAUUCAUUGACGGAAACAAAAAGUUGUCUACAAAUCGUCUAAUACAUUUCCCUCGCACAAUGUUUGGCCGAGGAACAUGAUGUCACUUAGCCAGCCCCGUUUUUAUUGUACCCAAGUACUCCGAAUUUAGUACAGGUACCUGAUCACUUUAAUGCGGAAUGCCGAGGCUCGCCCUCGCCCUUUUUUCAGUUGCUCUUACUCCUCUACUUCCUCCGCACUCCACACUAGGAUCAAAAUGGGACGACUUACAAGAAGGGGCAAAGUCGACGGUGUUGAACCUUAUUCCCCACAGUCACGAGCUAGAUGGCUAUUUAAAUUUUCUAAAUCUUGCAGCGGGAAUCCCAUGGGGUAAGGUUCAAGGUCAAGGUUAAGAACGGGAUUAGACCAGAUUGUCAGGAACUAACCUGAUGUACCUGUCUAUAGAUAUUGAAUGAAG